ACCACUUUGGUUCACUUUUUCGCUUGCCAACAUUUGCCUAUUUUUCCAAUUUUACCACCUGAUUGGGGGCAUGCAGCUGCAGUCACUUUGUUUGGUUGAGAUUUUAGAAAGUUAUUUUUGAGAAUUGAGUGGUAAUGAGUGGAGAGAGAUAGAGAGAGAACUUUAUUGAAAACUGUGUCGAGAGUUAAAAGUUACUAUCAAAAUGGUGAACCAAGCGGAGUGACUGUGUUGUCCAGUUGGGCGGAAUUGUAACUUCGCAAUGAGGGGCAAUUUCGUAUAUUUUAAUUCCACGUGUGGACAACAACGGCCACGUUGCGUGAAAACUGAAAACGUCAAGCUGUCCACUUCUCUCUCUUUCACAACACACCCACACACACAGGAAAAUGGAGAGAGAGAGAGAGAUACCAAGCCUCAGGCAGAUUCGACGAGGUGAUCCGGCUGGGUGUCGAAUUAGAUGCAUGUGUACGUAUGAAGGAUCCUUCAACAUCUGUACAAUUUCUUCACGAACUUCUCCCUCAGAUAGAGUAUUUGGUGGCGACAGCAAGACCAAGCACUUUUAUGAGGAAGGAGCACACAAAGGAAAUUGCUCUUUCAGUGGUCAGUGGCAUUAACUCAAGUAUUUUUGCUUAUGGGCAAACAAGCAGUGGAAAGACGUACACCUUGAUUGGUAUAACCAAAUACACAGUAGCAGACACCUGAACUCCAUUGGCCCAGCUGAUUUUGCACAGGCAUAUACCAAAUGGUCUUCGCAACUACUUCCCUAGUGGUGGUGUAAGCACAUGGAUUCUAAUUAGGCAUGGUUUCAGAGCUUGGCCAAUUGAAAUUGUUAAUUUCCAAUUUGGUGAAGGUUGGGAUACUUUCUCUGAAACCCAUAACCUAAAGUCGGGUUUAAAAUCACCAUCGCCGUGUCAACGAAAGUUAAUUUUCCAUACUGCAAUCUUUGAUGAAAGUGAUCAAGAACUUGUUUACCGGUGGGCUGGUCCAAAUCUACAGUGGCGGGAAUUUCACGAUCCACCAGGUCAUCAUGCUUCCAUUUGUUGGGAUAAAACAUUCUGUCAUCAAUAAAAUACAAUAGUUCUGCUUACUUUAA